AGUGAACAACUAGAGGUUAAAUUGAUGGAUGACCAACAAGAUAAGGAUUGUGCCUCAGGGGACCAAGAAACGAUCCUGAUUAAUGGGGUGAAAGAGGAUGAAUCACGUGGCCCAGAUGGCGGGGAGAAAGCUGCAGAUGCUGCCAGUCCGUUCCCAGCCCUGACCACAGCAGCUCCAAAAGAAAGCCACGUGUGCCAUCGAGUCCAGCCAGCCCCAACUUCUAAGAAGCCCUGUUGGCUGAGCCCUCCUUCGCCCCUGAGACUGGUUGAUGUGCCUGACCACAUUUCUGAUGACUCCUCUUCCGUGCACGCCAUUUCUCUUACCUCUUGUGCGACAAAGGGCUUGAGCUCCUGGUCUCUGCCGGGCGAUUGCGAAAAGGCUCUGCUCACCAUCAUGGAGCCUGGAAGCAUGUCAGCCCUCACUGGGGACUGUUUGAUGCAGCCGAGCCGGACCUGCCUGGGCUGUUUCAUUGAGUCCAAGGACGGUAUUGAUGCGGAGCCGGGAAUAAGCCUGAAAGUGGGCGACAUAAAUAGGGACUAUGACACCUGCUCUGUCUCCGACAUAGGGAUUCAUUGCAUGAGCACAGGAGACACCAUGAGAUACGGGGAUCAGCUGCUUUCAGACCAGCUUCUAAGCUUCCCUCUACAUAAAUCAAGGGCAGCAGACAAAAGAGAGGCGGAGAAAUCUGACAGCGAUUCUGAGGACCCCACGCAGAAGAAUUAUUAUGAGGGGUUGCUGUUAGACAAAUGUAACGGAGAGGAGCCUUUGCUAACAAAUCCCAACCAGGAAUGGGGCUAUUUUGAAUCUUUCAUUAGUGAAAGCAAAAUUGAGCUGCUCGACCUUUGCUCCAAAAAUGAGCUUUCUGUAAAUCUGUUUUCCGAAGAAGAUGUGGAUAAUUACAUGUUUGACGAUGAUGACUCGACCUUGGGAAGUGACGUCUGCUCCUUAAAGAUUCGCUAUGAAUCCUUCCAGGACAAUGUGAGGGAGAAGACUGGCACCCUGCAAGAGGAUGCCCAGUUCAACUUCUUUCCAAGCGUCUUCAGUGGAUGCCCCAAAAGGGAGGGCAGAACUGCCCUGAAGCGAGGGCCUAGAGGGGCCACCGAUUCUUCCCAGUUCAAAUCUGAGGAGAGCAUCAUUUGGGGGGAGGAGGAAGCAGACAGAGAGGAGGAGGAGGAAGAGGAGGAGAGUGAGAAAGUUGCCUUAAACAAAUCUUGCACCAGUACAGAAGUGGUGCAGUACAUAGGUCCCAAAAGAAACCACUUCUUGGAAUUGGUGAACUCCAUGGAAGACUCUGGGGAAUUCAGUGAUGACAGCACCUGCACAGAAUCUUCCUUCGAUGUGCUCCACGAUCUUAAGGACUGUAAUAAGUACCUGCCCCGAGACCACUCCAGUUCCUUCAUUCAACAGAACUAUGGCCUGCGGGCAAAAAGGAAAGUGAGAUACAGUGACGAUUACCUGUAUGACGUAGAUUCCAUUGAGAGUGAGAAAAUUGUGGAUAAAAAGGAGUGGAUCCCAGAUGGGCCCAAGGAGGAAGAUGAUGAUGAGUGGUGCCCGAAGAAGAGGCGAAAAGUUUCUCGUAAGGAGCCACCAGUGAUCAUCAAGUAUAUCAUCAUCAACCGGUUUAAAGGGGAGAAGCACAUGCUGGUGAAGCUGAGUAAAGUGGACGCUGGCGAGACCACGGUUACCCUCAGUGAGGAGCUGCUGAGCAAGUAUGCAAAGCUGGCCCCCUUGAAAAGCUUUUGGCAGGAGAAAUGGCAGAGCCGGUUGAACUUUCUCCGAUCGGCCCUCUACCACAAACAAAACUUCUAUCUCAACGGUUCCGAGAUUUCCUUCCUGCCCCACCCGCGCAAGAGAAAGUGCAAGCUAGCCAACCGGCACAGGAUCCAGAGAAUCAAAGCCAUUGAGCAGCCACUGAGCAAGCCUGGCUCUUGUUCAUCUGAUCUCAAGCAGCUUUGCAGCAGGAUUGAAGAUGACAGUUUGGGCCUGAAAGAGAUGCGGACUGUGGCCAUCGCGACCCCUGGCUGUGCAAAUGGGUUGCAUCUGAGCGAGAUUGCCAGCCUCGCAUCGCCCAAGUGCAAACUGCAGGACAGGGAGUUCAAAGGACCGGAGAGGAAAGUGCUGCGCAGAAUUAAAUUCAAAAGUGAAGCCCGGUUGAAAUGCAAGCGUAUCAAAGCAGCUGCCAGUCUGGCAGAGGCCUCCCCGGCACUGGAGAACCAGGAGCCUGCGACUAGUUUAACGGAUGAAAGUGUUCCUUGUGCUGCAGACGGCUCUCGCCUUUCAGAGUGCCAGGAGGAUAAGGUUGCUAAAAAUUCCUCUUUCCUACCCACCACCUGCUCUUCAGACAAGCCUGCUCCAUCUGCUACUAUCACUGCCAACGUGCCCCUUAUCCCUGGAGGGUAUCUGCAAACACUGUUAGAUGCCUCUGAUUUGUCAGGCAAUGCUGCUAUCACCUAUUUCAGCCCCCAGCCCUCUGAGCAGCAGCAGGAUCCGCUCCCUGGCAUCAUUCAGGCAGAGAAAUCGUUCUGCGCUCUGCAGCCCGCCCAGAGUUGUGUUCUGUCCCCGCCUUCUGAGUCGGAGCUGCAGCAAUCGCCCAACCGCUUGGAAAUAGAGCAGAGCAACUUCAGCACCAUGUGGCCGGCCAGCAAAGGAGCAGGCGGCAGCAACAAUCAGAAAUUUGUCAGUGAGGUGCAGGAGGCUUCUGCACUGUUGACAGCUGAGUUUGGCAGCUGUCAGGGUGCCGACAACCUCCCACCUGCUGGAUACAGUCAAGUCGGCCUGAGCAGCGGCAAAUUGCUAUGCCAAAAAAAGUACAUGCCGGAGAGUCAUCAGUCUCAGUCGGACGAUUCUUAUCAGUCGUGCCAUUUUAGCAACAGGGAGGGGCAUUUUCACUUUCAACGAGGUACGCUUAGCACAGACGAUGGGAGGCUUGUUAGUUUUGAUUCUGUGGGCUCGUUGUCAGUCAGUUCUAGCAAUUACAGUUCUCUAAGUUUAAAGUCUUGUGAAAAGGAUGGGGAAGACGAUAUUGCUGAUGAUUUCUUGGCCCACUGCAGUCCCAAACUAGUGAUUCAGCAAAGCAUAGAUGAAAUAACCCCUUUGAAAGAGUCUACAGAUCUUUUAGAUAUCUCAAACUUCACACCUGAUAAGUUUCGCCAGUCGUCACUUUCAGAAAUGUCUCCUCCAGACACCCCUAAUCUAUCCCCGCAGAUAACUGAAUCAAAACCCUUGGGGAAUUUGAAAUGUUUCCCAGAUAGCUCUCAGACCGCGCUGAACAGCCCGGAGAAGGUCAAGUGGAACUGUGGGGUUCUCCAGACCCAGGAUCAGGCAGAUAAUGGAUUCACUUUAAAUAAUCAUCAGUUUCAGUUCCAUAUGUUCAACGAUGAGGAUUCUGUCAGCCUCCUUGAAAAAAGCCCAUGCUUGUCAACAUUUAAUGAGCCAUCUGGCCAAAUUAGCACCAAUAGCAAAGUGACAAAAUCGAAGCGGAAAAGUUCCUCUAAUAAAAAUGUGGGUACAAACCAAAGCCCUUCCCAGAAAAACACUCGGAAAAAAUCGCCCAAAGCCAACAAAGGAACUGAGAAGCCACAAGGCAGAAACCCGAGGCAGUCUCCCAAAUCUACAAGGAAAGGGAAGAACGCAGCUGGUGAAAAGGCUGCUGGGAGCAGGGCAGCCGCUACGUUGAACAGUGCCGCCUCAGCAACAAAGGCCUUGGUGGAGUCCCUUCAGCAAUGCAGCCCAGCCUCAGUGAAGACAGGGAAGCACAACGGCCUGCCUGGGGAAUGGGCUCUGGGGAAAGACAGCAGCGCAGGCUGGUCUGAUGCGAGCCGAGGAAACGCAAACAGUCUUCUGGAUGACGAUCAAAGGGAAUUUGAGGAGCCGUCCAAUAUUUUAUCGAACAUUGCAUCUGGGAUGGCAGAUGUUCAGAGAUUUAUGAUGGCCUCCAUUGAACCCUUGUGGGGGCCUGUUGGCCAUAACAACGUCUCCAAUUUAUUUCGGUCACCUGAAUCCAACAGUCUAAAAUUGAAAACUCUUAAGAUUUUGGCCGGAACUUCACAAGAGUCCAAGAAAAAGGUGAACAGCAGUUCUCCUGGAAAGGGUCACAAAUCGGGUAACAAGGGCUUGGGCAAAACUGGUGGCCGAGCAGUGUCCUGUGAUCCUGGUCGCCCCACCUGUCCUGGGUACAGCACAGACAUUCCCUCUCCCUUUUUUGAUAAAAGCUACAGUCACCUGAGCACUUUAGCCAAAAACGAGCCUACCCAUAAAAAGCUGUACCGGCAUAAAUCGACUUCUAAGUCACUGCGGGAUGAGAACUGUAAAGUAAAGCGAACAGACCGGGAUCAGGCCCAUAAGGACCCAUCUGUGACAGCUUCAUUUGAGAAACUGAGGUAAUGCUGCACCACACUGGCUGGAAUGCACCCUUAAUUUUCCUACUACCUGCUAAGCCCACUCUUCCUCAUUUUCUCCUUCCUGUGAAAGAAAAAGUUGCAUGAGAGAGACACUCCCCUUUUACAGCUCCUUUUUUGGUUGUUGAUGUUCUUAUUUUGUUUCCAAAAUGCAUGAAAAUACUUAUUACUUGCAAGCUACCUAAAAGAAUGACCUUUUUUUUUCUGGCUUGGCUGGGGUUAAAAACAAACUAACAAAGGCAACUCUUAUCUUGCUGUCUGGCUUCUUUGGUUUUUAAUUCCUUUAUUUUUUUAAGGGUUGAAUCAUGUGCUCUUUUUUAAUGGUUUCAAAAAGGAAAGACUUUUUUUGAACAUUUUGUAAAAAAUAAAACAC